CCCAACUUGCCAACAGUCGCUCGGCGAGAAAUAAUGUGAAUUUUGGUCGAAAAAACGGUGGCAUCAAAGCCACCGGAGACGUGUCCAAUUUCUGUAUUUAAUCGGUUAUCGAUUGGCAGCAGCUUUCGAGUUCUUAAUUGGUGAAGUCAGAGUGCCGGACAAUGCUAGCCAGUUAGCCCGGGGUUGUUGCUAACUGGCUAAGGAAGUUAGCCAGUUAGCUAGCAAGCCGCGUCAGCUUGCCGGAGGCUGUUCUCUUGUUUCGCGCAUUUCAAGCCUGUCCACAGACCUCUAACUGUAAACUCGGUACCUAAAGGGAAACGUUAGAUUGCAUCUUCAUUAAUGUCAAAUUUAAAAGAGUGAAACUCUCUCAAUCCGCUUAAAAUGAGUAGUCAACACAGUUUCUUCUAAGCGCCUGGUUCUCUGCCAACGUUGCUCUUUUGUUUUGACAAAGGAAGAAGACCUUAGGUUCUUUCUGUUUUUUUUGUUUUUUUUUUACAUUAGGUGGUGGGAAAGUUUCUUUAGUCAUUUUUGUUUGUUUUGGCAAUGGCUCCACAUAAGCAGAGCUCCUCAGGUGGAAGCCACCCUGUGGGUUUUGGUCCCGGAGGAAAAGCCAACGGGUUCUACCAGUCGUCCUCCUCUGCGGUGGCUGCAACCAAGAAGCCCAACAUGCAGCUCAUUCAAGCCGACCACGAGUUGUUCCUGCAGGCCUUCGAGAAACCAACCCAAAUCUACAGAUUCCUCCGCACUAGGAACUUGAUUGCUCCUAUACUCUUGCACAGGACACUCACUUAUAUGUGCCACAGAAACUCAAGGAAUAACCUCAAAAGGAAAAGCUUCAAGGUCGACAAUCUACUGUUCAAAGUGGAAAAGAUGAGGGAUGAACAGGAGACUCACAGCUUGGCCUCCAAUCUGCAGCUCACCUUUACUGGUUUCUUCCACAAAGCUGGGAAGCCUUCUCAGGAUUGUGAGAAUGAGCAGAACUCUGUGUCGCUGGAGGUGCUGCUGGUCAAAGUCUGCCACAAGAAGAGGAAGGAUGUAAGCUGUCCAGUGAAGCAGGUCCCGACAGGGAAGAAGCAGGUUCCUCUGAACCCAGACACGAGCGCUGGAGUCCAGGCCAAGCCGGGCUCCUUCCCCUCCCUGCUGGUCCCCAGUAGCGAGUUUGAACCCAGCAACUCUCACAUGGUCAAGUCUUACUCAUUACUCUUCAGAGUAUCGCGGCCUGGAUGCCCCCGAACACAGAUCAACGGCCUGACCAACGGAGAGAGUCACCACAACAGAGAUUUUACAGAGGAAGUGGCAAACAGGAAGAGGAGGAGCUCCUCUCUCAGGGAGGAGGGAGAAACCACAUUUGUAGCUCAGAUGACGGUCUUUGAUAAAAACAGACGUCUGCAGCUGUUAGAUGGAGAGUAUGAAGUGUCUAUGCAAGAGAUGGAGGAGUGUCCUGUCAGUAAGAAGAGGGCGACCUGGGAGACCAUCCUGGACGGAAAGCGUCUACCUCCAUUUGAGAGUUUUUCCCAGGGUCCCACCCUGCAGUUCUCCCUGCGCUGGACCAGUGAUUCGUCCGAUUGCUCCACUGCACCCGUGGCUAAACCUCUGGCCACUCGCAACUCUGAGACCAACCAGGACACCAGAACCAGCACCCUGAGAGCCACACACACACUGGCUCUUAAAGAAUCCAUCAACACUGAUGUGCAAACCAGAAGAGAACAAAUCUCAGCUGAGCCCAGACAAAAGCUCCGCAUCCUCUACCAGUUCCAGUACAACCACAACACUCGGCAGCAGACGGAGGCCAGAGACGACCUCCACUGUCCCUGGUGUACCCUCAACUGCAGGAAGCUCUACAGUCUGCUCAAACACCUCAAACUGUCCCACUCCCGCUUCAUUUUCAACUAUGUGCCGCAUCCUAAAGGAGCAAAGAUCGAGGUCUCUAUCAACGAGUGUUACGAUGGUUCGUAUGCAGGAAACCCUCAGGACAUCCACAGCCAGCCGGGCUUCGCCUUCAGUAGGAACGGCCCCGUCAAGAGGACCGCCGUCACCCAUAUUCUCGUCUGCAGACCCCAGAGGACGAAGCCAAGUCUGUCUGAGUUUCUGGAGUUGGAGGACGCUGAUCGAGAGCAGCAGAGGACAUACAUUAGCGGACACAACCGCCUCUACUUCCACAGUGACAGCUGCGUGCCGCUGCGGCCUCAGGAGAUGGAGGUGGACAGCGAGGAUGAGAGGGACCCUGACUGGCUCAAAGAGAAAACUGUCAAGCAAAUCGAGGAGUUCACUGACGUCAACGAGGGGGAGAAGGAAAUCAUGAAGCUGUGGAACCUGCACGCCAUGAAGUACGGCUUCAUAGCAGACAACCAGAUGAACGAGGCCUGCCUGCUGUUUGCCGAACACCACGGCUCCUACAUCGUAAAACACAACCUCUGUCGCAACUUCCUGCUGCACCUCAUCAGCAUGCACGACUUCAACCUGGUCACCACGCUGACCAUCGACCAGGCUAUGGCCCGACUCCGCCUCAUCCAGAGCCAGGUCGCUCAGAGAGAGAAAGACAGGGAAGAGGACGAGGAGGAGGAAGAAGAGGAAGAGGAGGACUGGGAGACGGCCGUGGAGUCCCAGCCAGAGCCGGAUCCAGAUCCUGAUCUAUCCGAGUAUAAACCCUAUAGUGAUGAGAUGAGCAACAGCUGCCUGGAGAAUGGAACCCAGCAGCAGCAGCAGGAGAGAGGAGGAGCUGUGACAGAGCGAAUGUUCAGCAAGCAGAAACUCUGCGGCUCUGGUUCGGUUUUAAACUGACAGCUCGAUCAGAGAGCCACAAAGAUCCCAAACAGGACAUGAGUUUGGAAAAAUCGAAGCUACAAACCAGAAUCAACAAAAAAGGCGACAGACAAACAGGUGUUAAAGCACACACAGGUUACUGCAGGGAUUAUGAUUUCAAGGGCAGGUUACACCGGUAACGGCUGAACUUUUAAUCAUGAAAGUCCUUCAUUUUUCACACGUUUAAACUGAAGAUGCACUUCAGAGGUGUUUAUCAUUACAUUACACAUGAAGGUGAGGAGUUCAGAAAACUUGAAGCUUUGAAUCAUAAUUAUUUUCUCAUUUGUCAGAAAUACAGUGGUGCUGCAUUAUUUCCAGACAAAACUAUGAAGCGAGCACAAAAUAAACUAAGCCUUCGGUCUGGAUCUGUAGGAACACAUUUUUAGAUUUAAAGAAUAAGGCUGUGAUCUUCUAUAUUUUCAGUGGUGGAUUAAUACACACUUGGUGCUGUAGUGAGUAUUUGGGGCAGAUGGACGGUGUUUGAGGGACAGAAAUGUAUGUCAGGCUUUGAUACACUCACAAUACUGUUGUUAGUAGGAAACAUUAAUUGUUGGAUUGGGUCUUUUAGGGAUUUGAUGACAGAAAAAUAAAGAAUAUAACAAGACUUUUGCGCAAAUUUGGGAUUUUCAGUUCAAAGUUUCCAAGUUUUUAACAGGAAACACUCAUGAGAUUGUUUAUGUUUCAGUGUUUACAAAAAAAAAAGAAACUGUAAAAGCUGAUGAUUGUUUAUUUUCUGCUCACUUAGAUCUAUAGAUGCAGUUUUUCUCUUGGGCUCAAAACAUCAACCACACUCCAGAUGUUAUCCUCUGUCGCUCCUUGAACUUAAUGUACAUUUUCAAAUCUGCCUCUGCACAUUCUCACAUCUUGACCUGUAGUUUGACGACCUAUUUUGAUUCAUUUUGUGCUCACUCCGUACUUUUGCAUUUUUUGUAUUCCUUAGAGUGACGCACCAAUCGGUGACUUUCCAGACACUCUCAGCUCCACCAAAGGUUUUCAUUUAUCAUAGUGUGUGUACAUGCAUGUUGGCGUCACAGGUGUCUGAUCAGGCCUCCAGGCCUCUAAUGAGGUCUCUCGGUCUUGGAUCAGAUGUCAUCUCUGGACAGAGUCAACAGUUGACAGUCUGAACUCUGCCGCAGUUUCACACUCAUUACUGGCCCUUCAUUUUCCAUCAUCUGAUACCAGUAUAUAUUGAUUUUUAUUGUAUUUUUCUAAGUACUAAAGUUGAGUAUAAGCCUGCUCAGACAGCUGUGUCCUGGAUCAGAUGUUUAUAAGUUGUAUACUACUAUGUAUAAUACUCCAGUUUGAGGGCUCAUCUGAGUUCUUGUAACUGGGAUAGCGCUGUUUACACAUGCAGAAAAAAAUCAGCAGGAUUCACCAAAAACCAGACCAGAACUGGGACACCUGAGUGCACGUACACAUACUUCCAGCACAGUUUCCAGCAGUCUCCUACUGGUGCUAGCUCGUUUUUAUUCCUCAUGAACACUUGGUGGAAAACAAGUAACACUGCCAGAACUCACAAUUGCUGCUUUUUCAAACAGAACAGGACUGUUCUCCUCCAGUGCUCCUCAUCGUGCAGCUCCGCUCUGCUGAGCACCGGACAACAAACGGACAGUAAACUGUCCCACUUCAUGCGCUGCCUCCUGUGAGAUCCACAAUUCAAACCUGAAUUGGUUUCGAGGGGUCAACAAUGCUCAACUUGUUCACGGGUGCUAUGAGAAAUGCAGCCACCUUUUUGCAAAAACUGGACACAACACGGGCGUCAGUGUGUCCUUUAAGUCCGUCGUCGUGUCGGACACUUGUUUAUUUUUGUCUCUGUAAAGCUGAAAUCAAGAAGCAUAGAUUGUCUAAACAGUUAGAGGUUACACAUUUAAACCUUUUGUCCCGGUGCUGGUUCCAAUUUCUUUAAUGAGAGAAGUUGCUGCUUAUUAUCAACUUUAUCCUUUUGUGUGUUUAGACUGUUGCUCCCAAAAAAAGAGCUCUGAGAACUGACUUGCAUCUCUUUUAUUUUAUUGACUAAAUUACUAAUUAACUAAAUGAUCACUAAUGAAAAUAAGUGAUUAGGCCACAGGUAAAAGCACCAACAUGAACUGGAGAUGACAAGUUAUCCUUUAUAUUUUUUUUAUGUCAUUUCGCAGCUGGUUUUUGAUUUUUUUUCCUCCUCCGUUGUUUCUGCACCUGUUCUAUGUACAUAAGACUCUGAAACUAUGUGUAAUAAAUUAGCUUUUGAAUAUGGUUGUUUGGAAACCUGAACACCAUCUGGGAGGUUUUUGUUAGUUUCUUAGUUUACAGACCAAAGGGGAUGAAUUUGCUGCAGAUUUCUCUGUGUUUCGCGUAUCCUGUGAAAAUAUUUCUUGCUUUUUUGAAAAAAAAAAAAAAAAAAAAAGGAAGCGAUUUCUUCAAAGCAGAUUCAGGCUGUGUCCCUGAAGUAUCUGACCUGACAUCGCUGCCUUCAAAUGUUCAGAAGUUUGAAAGCACAUCAGUCCAGAUGCUGGUGUUGCGUUACAAUUUAAGUUUUACUGCUCCACUUUGAUCGCAUUAUAUGCAGUAUGAGCCUCAAGAUGUGAGCAGCUGUUGGGACUGGCACUGAUACAGAAAUAUUUAGAGGUUUGAUGGGAAUAGUUGGAUUUAUGUGUGACUUCUCAUGUUGCGGCCCCGCUCUUUCAAAGCUUUACAUCAGUCAGGAGCCUGAUGGUGACGAAUCCGGCACGCAGAUAUCUGGUCUGCUACGGGUUUUCAGAGCUGUUUGGGUUCAUAUGUGACAGUUCUGAGUGACGUGCAGAGCACUUUUUGUUUUCAGUACAGCCCACUGUUGCUUUUUAAGGGUUUUCUGUUCAUUCACAUGAGACCAGCAGCAUUUUGCACAAGAUGAGAGGAGCCAUGUCAAGAAAACAAGAUUUUUCUUCAACAAUAAUGUAAAACCAGCUGAGUCAGAAUGGUUUUCUAUUAAAAGAACGAUUUUGUACAA